CAGAAACGAAAUGAGAUAGAACUUUCGAACAGUUCCAUACACGCCAAAAAAAAUUUGUGUUUAAAUAUUGUGUACGUCCACUGGCAGUGGCUGUUUUGUUAUCGUCGCCUGUGCCUUUCGCAGUUUUCGUUUAUCGAUCAUGCCGCCCAAGGAAGAUGCUGAAACGGUUGCGUUACGGGAAGAAUUGAACGGAUUAUUUGCCAAAUUUAAGGAAGAGCAAGGCAAAGUGGCCGAUUGCACGAUGGUGGAGAAAUGUGGCGAUUUAGGUGACAUCCCGAAGAUCCGGUUCGUCACGAAGAAGAUACUCAAGGGACACAUUAACAAAGUGAAUUCGGUGCACUAUGCCGGUGAUUCGAGGCAUUGUGUAAGCGGUUCAUUAGACGGUAAGCUUAUCAUUUGGGACACAUGGACCGGAAACAAAGUUCAGGUUAUACCAUUACGAUCAUCAUGGGUAAUGAGUGUGGCCUUCGCUCCAUCGGGGAAUUUUGUUGCCUGCGGUGGUAUGGACAACAUGUGCACCGUAUAUGACGUAAAUAAUCGAGACGCAACGGGUGCGGCUAAAAUUGUAAGAGAACUAGCUGGCUACGAGGGUUUUCUCAGUUCGUGUCGAUUCUUAGACGAUUCGCACAUAUUGACCGGAUCGGGUGAUAUGAAAAUAUGCAUCUGGGAUUUGGAAAGUGGCAAAAAGACAACCGAAUUCGAUGCGCAUUGUGGUGAUGUUGUUACCAUAUCGUUAGCGCCAGAUGGCAACACUUAUUUGACCGGUUCAGUGGAUAAGACGUGUAAACUCUGGGACGUUAGGGAAACAUCUCCGCGGCAAGUAUUCGUUGGCCACUCAGCAGAUGUUAAUAGCGUUUGUUAUCAUCCCAGCGGUCAAGGUUUCGCCACAGCAUCGGAGGAUAAAUCGGCCCGACUAUUCGACAUUCGGUCGGAUCAACAAAUCGCUUCAUAUGCGCCACCGAAUGCUAAUUCUGGAUUUACGUCUUGUGCUUUAUCGCUGAGUGGGCGGUACAUACUGUGCGGAUCCGAUGACAAUGAUAUUCAUGCUUGGGAUACAUUAAAAACGACAUACAAUGGAUCGUUGCACGGCCAUGAAAAUCGUGUCACAUCAAUUUGUAUGGCUCCGAAUGGAACGGCAUUGGCUUCGUGCAGUUGGGAUAAUUUUGUUCGUGUCUGGGGUUAGUGGUCCCAUCUGUUUAAAAUCGAUCGUUUAGUUAUCGAUGGACAUGCCAUUCGGUGUCAUACAAGAAAUUUAGAAAAUAUCAAUUCGCUCGGUAAAUUUGUCGGUCGAUUCAGAAGAGACAAGAGAAACUUGCAAAUAAAAGAUUUUGAAACAAA